AUGACGGCCAAAACGGCUUUAAUAAAUAUAGCCGAAAUGAUAGAUCUUUCCAUCGGCACGCCAGAGAAUGGUACAGUGGAUUUCGUAAUGCUUCACACAGUACUGCAUUGCCUCGCCCAGCAGCUGCGAUGCACGGAUAAGAUCGUCGAAGUUAGGGGUCCACUGGCAGUAUUUCCCGUUGGCAGGCAGGUAGAAGACGCUGCGACUACAGUAGUCGACGAAUUCCUGAUAGAGACGGAUGGACAAGCUGCUGGUCCAGGUGAACAGGACAAGACCAUACUAGUAGUUGAACGUCUCCUCAAAAAUCAAAGAGUACCUCUCACAGCACCAAAAGCAACCCCAUCAUCAAUUGGAAUCGACGCAUCUGGAGGAAUCACUAUAAGACCAAUUGAAGGAGGAGCUAAAGAAACAAUCACAAAACCAAGUAGAAAAAUCACUGUAGCAGAUGGUGGAGGAAUAGUUGAAGAUGGUAGCAAACAGAUAUCCGAUGUAGGAGCUGGUGGAACAGAAGGAGAGGGCGCCAAACAAGCCGAUGGAGGAGCUUCACCAGCUCCCGGUGCAAGUGGCCCAACCGCAGAAGGAUCUGGUGCUGUAGGUGGCGAAACCACUGCAGUAGCCGGUGAAGUACCAGGAGGAGAACCAGCAUCUGGUACACCUAGUAAAUCUGCAGGAAUAAACAUCGUGCCAACGGGCUCAGCGCAGCGAUUGGGUGUCCCAUCCGGUGAAAGACUCUCCCUCGUCUCUCUAAACAGGUUCAAUCAACUACAAAAAAGUGUGGAUGACUUGAAGAGUCGUGUUUAUGGUACUCCUCUAAACAACGAGGAACUGUUGGAAGGCGUGAGGUCGCAAACAAAUUUAAAAGGUAUUACCGAUAUGUGGACUUCUCUGAACGUGUCAUCUCGUUUGGAAGCAGCUGAAGCAGGAAUUGCAAAACUAAGCUCAUUGAUGCAAGACCUCAUUGGAAAAGACGUCCUUUUACCAAAGGCAGAGGACAUGAGAGUUAAGGGAACUUCAUCGCAACCAAUAACUUUACCAGCCGAAGGCACUAGCACGGUACCAAUAAGUAGUGGAAUGCCACCAGAAUGCGCAACUAAAGAAGAACUCGCGCAAUUAAUACUUUACCUUAAAUCACUGCAGGAUGAGCUCAAUCAUCUGUCUGGCGCCUUUUAUAACACUAUGAAAGACAUGGGUCAGGAACUUGAACCGCCGCCUAAGCAAGAGAUGGUGUUGCCGACCGUGGUAGUACAUCCAACACAGACCACCAGCAUACAAUCAGAUGAACCUGUAGGUGGUACACAUGUGACGACACCGAUCGCAACAGAAGCAACAUCGCCGGAGGUAACACAAGCAACUACUCCGAGUGCAACACAAACUACAACACCGAUUGAAACGCCGCCUAGAACGCCGGCGCCGGCCGCUAGACAAGUUACAGUAUCGGCCGGUAAAAAACGCGCCGAAUCACCAUCUGCAGGUGCUGAUGCGAACUCGAAGAUUGCAUCCCUUAGUGGAAAACUGAAGGACCUCGAACGAAAAGUGAAUGAAAUUACAAAUAUAGUUUUCCCGCCCAGUGGAAACAUACUAAAUCAAUUGAAUGCGCUGCAAGAUCAGGUAGAGCAAAACGCUCGACUACAGUAUAACGCCUCUGACACCUGUACAGGCGCUGCCGCUCCGGGUCCAUCUCCAGAACUGUUGAAGGAUCUAAAAGGUUUGAUGUCAUUAUAUAAAACCGUACACACUAUGCAAAAUCAAUUAAAAGAAGUGCAUGACACGGCGCUACAAUUAGUGACGGAGAAGGAAGAGAGGCAACACAACAUCAAUUCAUUGUUAGAACAAAUAGAACUACUAAAAGCUAUUAAGCUGGACCGUGAGGACAUGACAGCGGCUCUGGCUGAUAAGGCAGAUUUACGCGUAGUCGCGCGCAAGGUUUCUCAUGAUCAGUUCGAAAUGGCUUGUGACGACCUCGCUAAGGGACUGGAACACGCUCUUGGAAAACUUAAUGUUCAGGAAUCACUAUGGCAGCAAGCAUUAGAUGAUAUUCAAAGAGAGAUCGAGAUGAAGUUAGACAGAGUAGAGCUGGCGCCGAUUAAAGAUUUCUUCAUUAAAAAGAUGAAACAGCUGCAAGAUAAUCUGAAACAAAUGGCUAAUUUGCGCCGCGAGGCUGAAGCUGCUGGCACUAAGAGCAAAUUGUUAAAGGAUGUGAACUGCAUUUCAUGCGACGCGAAAGCAUACAUGCAGACAGAAGCAGGACCCGCGGUGCCACCGAAGCCCCUACAACCUAGUAUGUCUAUGAGGCCUUAUCUCACUUACGAACUAGAUGCAAUUCGAAAAUCUCAAUCAAGUAACGUGCCACACAGAAACAUGCAUGAUUGGGAAAAAAUAGACAAACAAAUGACAACGCCGAGAGUACAGAAAGUCAGAUCGGAAACCGACAAACAUUUAUGCAACCGUUAUUGUGGUGGGUCUCAUACUACGACGACUCCUGCGCAGCGAGUCGCACGGCUCGGACAUUUUGUCAAGCAAUGGGGACCAGAGGUAUUACCACUAACGUCUGGUUUUGCAACUGGUGAUGAUGGCAAGAUAUAUAAAGUUAGCGGUGUCGAAGACGCUUCUGUUGGCCCAGGUGGGGCAAUAAAUGCUCCUUGCACUCCAAAGCCUGUAGCCAAGAAAGAUAGACAAGCAGCAAAACCAAGCUUAACUCCAGACUGUCGCUGUCUUGGCGAUGUUCUGCCCCCAAAGAAGUAA